UGGGACACUCCGGCACUCGGGCAGUCCCUGAAUUUGCAUGAUGGGAGCGAGAGAGGAGGUCGCUGGUGCGCCGCAAAGGACAGUACGCGACGCAGCUCGUGCUCUGAUUCUUCUGGGCUCUCGCGGACACUGGUACUCCCCCCAAAUGCCAAGCGACAGGACGUUCUCUGAGUUGAUGGAGGAGAGCCCCCUGGACCCCCCCUCUCCGUCCUGCUGCAAGUCAGCUCUGAGCAAUGGGCAGGUGCUGCAGGUGCUGACAGCUGACAACACGCUCUCCUCGACGGGCGAGUUCGAUUUGCAGGGUUGCACAGAGAGGCUGAGGACCCUAGGGGUACAGGUGUCCUGCUCACAGUACAGGGAGGAGCUGCACCAGGCUGUCACGGACCCCGAGCUGCGCAGAUAUCUAUUCUUCAGCUCGAGAGCCUUCUCCAUGGCUAUAGCAGUGCUGUGCUACGUGACGGUGUGGGUGAACCUGUACACCUCCCUGCGCCUGGUCUCCACGGCGACGCCCUGGUCACUCAGUGUGCUGGUCAGUGUGUCCGCGGCGCUGCUCACUGUGGCGCUGGUGCUGCUGCUGGACCGGCACCGCACUCGCAUGAACACCAACACCGACAUGCGCCUGGCCGGCGUGAACGAGAGGCUGCUGAGACACAAGCUGCUGCUGGGGAUCACAGAGCUGCUGCAGGGCGGCCACGCUCGCCUGCAGCUCUGGUUUGUGUAUUUCGACCUGGCGAUGUGCAGACAGACCCUGACCAGCCGAAUGGAGAAUUGGAAGAGCAGCAAGCCGUCACAGCUACGAGAGCGACUGGACCAGCUCUGCGUCAUCAUCAGCAAACCUCUCAGCCAAUCAGAGGAGGGGAGGGCGGGGCCCCUGGCCGGGGAGGACAUUCCCCUGCUGUCCAGUCUCAGUACAGGGGGCAGGUCCGAGAGGAAGAGCUUUUCCUUCAGCCAGGUGGUGAGACUCGUCCCAGACGGGACGCCCCAGGAGAUGGCUGACCGGCUCCUGUUCAUUUACUCUGGGGCCUACGUCCGGCUGCUUGCCUGCGGAUUGCUGCCCAGAGUGAGCUCGGGUCUGCACGGGGCCGCUCCCUGCGUGUGCCAGUUCAUCGAGGUGGCUGUGCUGGGCUCGGACAGCCCCUGGUGCUGGAGACAAGCUUGUCAAUAGUACCCUGCUCGGAGACCCACACAUUGAAAACAAUAUUCUACCAGAGCAAAUGGACUGAAUCAUUCCACUGGCAGGGCUGGCUUUAGUUUUUUUUUUUUUUUGGAAAUGCAUAUUUUAUAUUGGGAAGGUGUUUUGUUCUAUUUCUCUGUCUUUGUAAAAAUGAAAAAUAUUGAUAAAUAUUUUGGAGAAAACUGCAGCCUGGGUUGAGUAAUUCAGUUGAGUAAGUAAUUCAGUGUGCAGUGAAAGUGUCUGUGCUGGUGUGAGCUCUGCACUGGGCUGCUGUGUGUUGCAGUGAUUCAGUGUGCAGUGAAAGUGUCUGUGCUGAUGUGAGCUCUGCACUGGGCUGCUGUGUGUUGCAGUGAUUCAGUGUGCAGUGAAAGUGUCUGUGCUGGUUUGAGCUCUGCACUGGGCUGCUGUGUGUUGCAGUGAUUCAGUGUGCAGUGAAAGUGUCUGUGCUGAUGUGAGCUCUGCACUGGGCUGCUGUGUGUUGCAGUGAUUCAGUGUGCAGUGAAAGUGUCUGUGCUGGUGUGAGCUCUGCACUGGGCUGCUCUGUGUUGCUGUGAUUCAGUGUGCAGUGAAAGUGUCUGUGCUGGUGUGAGCUCUGCACUGGGCUGCUGUGUGUUGCAGUGAUUCAGUGUGCAGUGAAAGUGUCUGUGCUGGUGUGAGCUCUGCACUGGGCUGCUGUGUGUUGCAGUGAUUCAGUGUGCAGUGAAAGUGUCUGUGCUGGUGUGAGCUCUGCAGUGGGCAGA